AUGAUUAAAACUAAUCCAAAGAAUGCUCGUGCUAAAAGAGCCCUUGAAAAGAAAGAAUCCAAACUUGUGGAAAAUGUGAAGACUGCUCUUUUCAUUCAAGGUUCUACCGGGACUAGACUCCUCCAUGAUGCCAUGUGCGAUCUUUCUGCUUUCAAGAAGCCAGAUAUCAAGCGUUUCCAAAAGAAAAAUGACAUUAAACCGUUUGAAGACGCUUCUCCUCUCGAAUUCUUUUCGGAAAAAAAUGACUGCUCAUUGAUUGUUUUCAGCAGCAGUAAUAAGAAAAGACCAAAUAACUUGACUUUCAUCAGAACUUUCGGUUACAAGAUUUACGAUAUGAUCGAAUUGCGUAUCCAGAAAAACCAUAAAUUACUCAUAGAUUUCCGCAAAACCACAUUUCAGCUCGGGUUGAAACCAAUGUUUGUAUUCAACGGUCCAGUGUUUGACAGCCAUCCAACUUUUAAACACGUAAAGUCGUUGUUUUUGGACUUUUUCAGAGGUCAAACCACCGACUUGCAAGACGUUGCUGGUCUACAAUACGUGAUAACGUUGACUGCCGCAGAAGUGGAAGAAGGCAAGGCUUUGCCAAGCGUGUACUUCAGAGUUUACAAGUUGAAAUCCUAUAGAAGUGGCCAAAAGUUGCCAAGAAUCGAAUUGGAGGAAAUUGGACCAAGAUUUGAUUUCACCAUUGGUAGAGUUGAACAACCAAGCCCAGAAUUAGAAAAGGAAGCCAUGAAGAAGCCUAAGCAAUUGGAAACCAAGACCAAGAAGAACAUUGAAACUGAUGGUAUGGGUGACAAGGUUGGUACUAUCCAUGUUGGUAAACAAGACUUGGGUGAAUUACAAACCCGUAAGAUGAAGGGUCUUAAAUCUAGAUUCGACCAAGUUGGAGAAGAUUUUGAUGACCAAGAAUAUGAGUAUGCUAAUGAUGAAGUGGUGGAAGACUAUGAACCUGCCCAGAAGAAACAAAAGGUUUGA